UUCCAUCAAACCCUUUUUGGCAACAAUCUUUGGUUUGACUUCUCUAUACAGACGUGAAAGAAGAGAGCAACUAAAACCCAUGUCUGGUUUGUAUAAUAACUCUUCUUACUUGUCUCCUGCUCAAGCUGCUUCUUCUCAGAUUAGAAGCACUCCUGAGAAUGAGAUCGAUAGCUCUCAGUACUUGAGGGAGCUUCUCGCCGAACAUCAAAGGCUUAUACCUUUUAUGCAGGUCCUUCCCAUAUGUAGCCGUCUGUUGAAUCAAGAGAUCUUCAGGGUUUCUGGAAUGAUGUCUAACCAAGGAUUUGGUGAUUCUGAUGAAUUCACAAACUAUUCUCCUCCGACAAGAGAAGAGUUUCAAAGUUGUUGCUUGUCGACAAGUCACUGUGAUUCAACCUCCCAAAACCCUAUAAAUCUUACCACACACACGCCAGAUUCCCGAACCUACACCAACUUUCCCGAAUCUUCAUCUCCUGAUUCAAGUUUCAUCAACAUGAAUUUCGCAAGCCUGAAGCCGAUUCUGAUCGUUAAACCAAAAUCCGAAUCAGAAAUCAAAAACGCAAUUCUAUGCAGCAGGAAACUUGGAGUGCAAGUAAGAACCAUGAGUGGUGGUCAUGACUACGAAGGUCUAUCUUACCUCGCACAAUCACCUUUCAUUAUCAUCGACCUCGUUAACCUCAGAUCGAUCAAGAUCAACCUUACAGACGAAACCGCUUGGAUCCAAUCAGGGGCAACACUCGGCGAACUUUAUUACGAAAUCGCCAAAACCAGCAAGGUCCAUGCCUUUGCCGCAGGAGUAUGUCCAAGUGUUGGAGUUGGUGGGCAUAUUAGCGGCGGAGGAUUCGGUACAAUCAUGAGAAAACACGGUUUAGCGUCUGAUAAUGUUGUAGACGCGCGUUUGAUGGAUGUGAACGGCAGAAUUCUUGACCGGAAAACAAUGGGAGAGGAUUUGUUUUGGGCGCUUAGAGGAGGUGGAGCCGCGAGUUUUGGUGUUGUCUUGUCAUGGAAGGUUAAGCUUGCUAGGGUUCCUGAAAAGGUAACUUGUUUCAUAAGUCAGCAUCCGAUGGGACCUAGCAUGAACAAACUUGUUCAUAGAUGGCAAUCCAUAGGAUCAGAGCUAGACGAAGAUUUAUUCAUCAGAGUCAUUAUUGAUAACAGUCAAGAAGGUAAUCAAAGAACUGUGAAAACAACAUUUCAAACUCUGUUUCUUGGUGGGAUAGAUAGACUGAUCCCUCUGAUGAACCAGAAGUUUCCGGAACUCGGUCUAAGAUCUCAAGACUGCAAGGAAAUGAGUUGGAUCGAAUCAAUAAUGUUCUUCAACUGGAGAUCAGGACAGCCGCUAGAGAUCAUGCUCAACAGAGACCUACGAUUCGAAGAUACUUAUUUCAAAGCAAAGUCAGAUUUUGUUCAAACCCCUGUUCCUGAAAACGUUUUCGAAGAAGUAACCAAGAGGUUUCUUGAGAAAGAAACUCCACUGAUGAUCUUAGAGCCACUGGGUGGAAAGAUCAACGAGAUUUCAGAAACAGCGUCUCCCUACCCACACAGGAGAGGGAAUCUGUAUAAUAUUCAGUACAUGGUGAAAUGGAAAGUUAAUGAAAUCGAGGAGAUGAACAAACAUGUUAGGUGGAUGAGAUCGCUACACGAUUACAUGACUCCUUACGUUUCAAAAUCCCCGAGAGGAGCUUACUUGAAUUACAGAGAUCUUGAUUUAGGCACGACCGAAGGGACCAACACGAGUUUUGAAGAUGCGAGGAAAUGGGGAGAGACGUACUUCAAAGGUAAUUUCAAAAGAUUAGGGUUGGUUAAAGGGAAGAUUGAUCCAACAAAUUUCUUCAAGAACGAACAGAGUAUUCCUCCUCUGUUUUGAUACAUCAACACAAAACCAUAUUUCAAAGAUUUCAUUUCAUGAUUUCUUUCUUAUAUUAUGGAUAGGCUUUCAAAAUUAA